AUGGAAGAAUUUACUGGAACAAACGAACAUUUAACAAUGCAUGCGACGGCGACGACGACGAUGACGACGAGUACGACGACGAGUACGAGUACGACGAUGGGAGUACCCGGAACGAAAGAAGCUCUACUACUAUCAAAUUUUCAUUAUCAAAAUUCAAUAAAUUCUGGUACGAAUCCUAUAUCGACGAGACAGGGAACCGUAACUCCAGGUUUAAGAUAUAGAAAUUUAGGAAAAAGCGGAUUAAGAGUUUCAAAUGUUGGUUUAGGUACGUGGGUAACACUCGGUAGUAAUUUGACAGAAGAACAAGCAGAAGAAGUUAUGGUUAUGGCAUACGAAAGUGGAAUAAACGUUUUCGAUUUGAGCGAAGCUUAUUCGGGUCCAAAAGCGGAAAUAGAAAUGGGACGAAUAUUGGGAAAAAGAGGAUGGAAAAGGAGUUCGUAUAUAGUCACAAGUAAAAUUUAUUGGAAUUCAAAAUCCGACGAGAGAGGAUUGUCCAGAAAGCACAUAUUAGAAUCCGUGAAAGCAUCUUUACAACGUUUAAAUUUAGAUUACAUCGACGUCAUUUUUUUACACAAAGCCGAUCCCAUGUGUCCAAUGGAGGAAAUAGUGAGAGCUAUGAAUCACGUGAUAUCACAAGGAUGGGCUUUGUAUUGGGGAACGGCUAGAUGGUCAACGGUUGAAAUUAUGGAAGCUUAUACGAAUUGUCGAACGUUUAAUUGCGUGACACCGAUUUGCGAACAAUCUGAAUAUCACAUGUUUUGCAGGGAAAAAACGGAAUUGUACAUGCCAGAAUUGUAUAAUAAAAUAGGUGUCGGUCUCAUGGCAUGGGCACCAUUGACAAUGGGAUUGAUAAGUGGUAAAAUAGAAGACAACGUCAUACCGCUAGUCUCGAAAAGUUCUCUCAAACAUAAAUAUUCGAGUUUUAGUUGGGCGGAAGAGGAAACGGCAAACAAAGAGUGCACGGGUUGGUUAAAGGAAAAACUACAACCGGACGAAAUAAAAAAACAACAGGAAAAAAUCAGGGAUAUAUCAUCGAUGGCGGAAAAAUUAGGAUGCACACUAACACAAUUAUCAAUAGCGUGGUGUUUAAAAAACGAAAGCGUACAAUGUCUUCUGUUGGGUGCGACGACAGCGGAUCAACUAUACGAAAGUAUACAAAGUCUACAGCUUAUACCAAAAUUAAAUACGAGUUUAAUGUCGGAAUUGGAAAAAAUAUUAGAAAACAAACCUACGAGGCCACCCAUCGUUUCGACUCUGGCACUAAGAUGA